UGAAGUCGUAUUUCCAUGGGAAAAGUCUUAAAUGAAAUCCUGUAUCGAGAUGAAUUCGCUAAGAUUAAAAGAAGAUACCAAAUUGAAUCGAGCAAGAGGAGCUCAGCCUCUGCAACAAUGCAGCAGAUCAACAGUCAGUCAUACGGACAGAGGCGGCCUUCCCUUACAGCAGUUCUKCGCCGAAUUUUAGAGGGCUAUCCUGAUGGAGGGCAAAUACUUAAAGAGCUUAUUCAAAAUGCAGACGAUGCCGGCGCAACAGAGGUUAAAUUCCUAUUUGAUUCACGCGAAAAUGCGUUCGGUACAAGUUCCUUGAUUCACCCUGAGCUCUCCAAGUUCCAAGGACCGGCGUUGUACGUAUAUAAUAAUGGUCUUUUCAAAGAAAACGAUUGGCAUGGAAUUGAGGGGGUUAUGCAAGGAAAUAAACGACUUGAUCCUUUCACAGCUGGUCGGUUUGGUGUCGGUUUUAACUCCGUUUAUCAUAUAACAGAUUUGCCAAGUGUAGUGAGCGACCAUUACGUUGCUUUCCUUGACCCYCAGGAGACAUAUUUUGGAGCAGGGGAAACAGGACGACGGUUUGACCUUAGAACUGCACCUCUUGCUCGGUUUGGCGAUCAAUUUGCACCUUUUGAAGAUGUUCUUGGUUGUAAUAUCUCAUCAGCUGUUUUUAACGGAACGCUGUUUCGUCUUCCACUUCGAAAAUGGCCUUCUAGAGUAUCAGUGAAGCCCUACACAGCUUUGAAAGUUAAAGCUCUUUUCCAGUCGUUCAUUGAAGAAGCAYCUUUGSUUUUAAUCUUCCUUAAAAAUGUGGAAACAAUAAAAUUCUACGAAACUACAAAGAAUGAGAAAGAGCGAGAAACAUACUCGAUCACAAUCAAGGAAGACCUGAAAGCAUCAAUCCGAAAAAUGAGAAGAAACUUCAUAUCAAAAGCCAUGGAGUCAAUGAGCCUUCCACAAGAAAUGACGUAUGAAAUGAUAUUGGAGGAAUCUAAGAAUGGAAAAUGUGAAAGGGAAUACAAGUAUAUGGUGCUGAACAGACUUGGCGGGGAGAAUCCUAAACUAUCUGAAUUAUCAUUACAGUUGCAUCUUUUACCUUGGGCAGGUGUCGCAGCAUCACUAGACGAUAAUAAWCCAAGUUCUGGACGAGUGUUUUCAUUUCUACCCCUCCCCSCUGAGUCAGACUGUCGAACAGGUCUCUCCGUCCACAUCCAUGGUACAUUUGGGGUUACAGAUAACCGCCGUAAUCUUAAAUGGCCUGGAACUGAAUGCCAGAAUGACGAUACUGCUGUUUGGAAUCAUCUUCUUCURACUGACGUCAUUAGUAAAGCMUACGCUCAUCUUGUUAUCCAACUAACACAGUCACAAUACCCAAUAACUGAAGUUCUUCCGGUAGUGAGUUCCAUUCUCCCUGAUUUGGAUCGCAUACAAGGACACUGGCAGCUACUCUUGGAACCUUUCUUUGCAGAGCUGGCCAACAAGGCAGUUUUUUGGACAGAAGCGGAAGGAGGAAAAUGGAUCGCACUUGAAGAUGCUGUGCUAAGCAGACUUUCGCGUCCUUCGRCUAARACAAGAUCUGAAACCAACGCUGCGRUCGUKAAAUGUCUUCUUCUUGCUAAUCAACCUGUAGUGUGUYUACCAGGAAACAKWGUUUUUUAUCCUCUUGCAGGUCAUGCUCUACAAGCAGUUGAUGACUUUCUAUUACGUCACGUUGAKAAUGUUCCAGAAGUUACUCCUUCAUAUGUUCGCCAAGUCUUAAAAAGGAAUUCAGAUCUAAAUGGACGSCAGCCUCCAGGUAGCACGUCGAACGAACGUAAGAUCAAUUGGACAUUCAUUGACAGAAAUGAAAGAUUAAACAUUCUAGAAUUCGUGCUAAAAGAUGGCGACUUAACGGAGCUCGCAGGUCUUCCUCUUUUACCGUUAGCGAACAAAACAUUUACUGAGUUUAGGCCCAACUCAUUCAAAACCAAUCCAAAGAACGCAAUAUUUGUAGCAUCAAGACUUCACCCACAGUCCCUUAUUCCACGAUCUGGUUCGAAAUUCCUCGAUGGAGAUCUGAACGAYACUAUUAUGAAUGCUCUGAAACCUGUMAUAGUUGAUGCAGAAAAGGACGAUGACAGUCUUGAAGCGCCAUCCCAACUUGUUUUUCUAGCMCCGUUUCUAGUUCCAGAUCUUUUAAGAGCUGUUCUUCCUGAUGAGUGGCGCGAUAACUCRGUUGUAGUACCUUGGGAUCCUCGAGAUAGUGAGGCGGGAGAGACGUGGUUGAAAGGUCUUUGGUCAUGGCUCCGAACAGAAUUUUCCACUGAUUUAAAAGCAUUUGAAGGAGUUCCUUUAGUUCCAUUGGCAAGUGGGCGUGCUGAGGCAAAACGUCUAAUCAAGAUCAAGAGUAACCACACUGUUAUCCAAAGUUCUUCKCAUUUUGCGUCGCUACCAAGAGUCGUCACGUCUGCUCUUCAAAAUGCCGGYUGUGUUGUCUUGCUACAUAUACCGAUGUUUUGCGAUCAUUUGGAUUUAAGGAAGCAUCUUGARCCACCGACCCCAUCAGGUGUACUGAAGGUUUUGUCUUCCGUUAUUGAUGAAGGACAUGCUCGCUCCAUCUCUCAACUGUCRUCAGACGAUAAGAGAUCURUUCGUUCCUUCUUGUCAAGCCUUCGAAAUCCAUCGGACGACGAGAUUGUGACAUUGAUGUCUUUACCGAUCUUUGAAGCAAUUGACGGUAGCUUUACGUCACUGCAAUGCGGUGAUCACGAAACUGUAUCUGUAUUGAAACGCGACGUAGCCCCACCUCGCCUUAGUCUCCCAGGUGACAUUCUCAUACCAGAAUCAGAUCAGAUCAUUUCUGCUUCCGACGAAGAUUCAUAUCAGCUACUACGACGACUWCCUGUACGAAUUCUCAAUAUGUCAAAUUUCCUUAUUGAAAAGGUAUUUCCAUUUGUCGAAGGACAGGCAUUUUACACAAGAAAACAAGUUACUGCCUUGAUGACAUGGGUGCUUCAGAGACUACCUGUAUUAUCCAGUGAAAACAGAUCAUUCCCAGAUCAUCUCAAGAGUUUGAAGUUUGUUCCAGUUGGUAACGAUCAACUCAAAGCACCUUGUGAUCUUUUCGAUCCUGACGAUGACAUUUUGAAACACUUGUUCGAAGGGGAACCUACAGCUUUUCCUGCCGAGGAAUUUGCGACAUCGCAUUCACUGAGUGUUCUACGAGUGUUCCUGGGUUUAAGACGAAGUCGAUCUCUUGGAGGUGAAGACGUUCUUACGAUAGCCAAACAAAUAGCGGACAUGCCUGAAGAUAAAGCAGAGAAAAGAGCACUUGCGCUAUUAAAAUUCCUUAACGAGCAGUACCAUCUUUUAGAAACAAGAGUUACCACUAACAAUGGAGCUGGAUCUAGCARCUACGUCUUAUUAUCAGAAGCCCUUUCAGACUUUCCAUGGCUUCCAGCCUCAMGAAAUCCACCCAAUAAAUACCCUAUAUCRAUACCAUGGUUUSAUGGCGAUCAGCAUCUUUACCAGCCAAGGGAGGUACGCAGUAUAGAUGAYGCCUGCUUAAUAGGUUCCAUAAAACCCACCAUUGAAUUCAAUGCUAAUAAAAGUCUAAGGAAAGCGUUUGGAUGGGAAACUCCACCUUCACCCACAUCUGUYCUGGAGCAAUUACAAACAGUAUCAAAACACUGGAGCGAUUCGAACAUGAAAAAAUCUGAAACAGAGACACUUAAGCUGCAGACGAUGGUUCAGGAGAUCUAUGCUUAUCUUUCUCAACCCAGYGUAGUYAUCAACGCCAGUGCGACCCUCAAGAAAAAGGAAUUUGGUCCUUGGGUGUGGUGUGGCUCACGUUUCACAUUUCCCCAUUGCGUUGCAUUUCAAGCUUGCUGUCCGUUCGACUUGCAGCCUUAUCUGUACGUUCUGCCUGAUGAUUUUAAACGGUUCAGCGAUCUCAUGAAAAAYAGUGGAGUUAAAGAUUCCUUUGGAGAUGAAGACAUCUUGGAGAUCUUGUCCUUGAUGCGUAAACGGCAUUCMAACAAGAGAGACCCRGUUGAGGUCAAGCACGAUUUAUACUUGGUGACAGAGAUUUUGCAUUAUGUCAUACGAGACGGAAUAUCGCUUUCAGACGAGCUCAAAAAGAAGGUUUACGUCCCUAUACAAACCUCAAACGACUUGUUGUGCCUAGAACCUUUGAGUCAAGUGAAUUUUUGUGACGCCGAUUGGCUUAAAAGCCAGCCCGAUGAUGUAGACGUCAGUUUUACWAAGAUAAUACAUGAGAGUAUUUCCUCCCACACAGCAAAUCUUCUUGGCGUUCAACCAUUGAGCCAAAGCUUGGAGUUUGUGGAGACGCUUGGAUUCGAGCAAACUGGGCCACAUGAGCCCGUGACGACACGACUUCAGAACAUUCUUAAGGAAUAYAGAGAUGGUUUUGGGCUUUUUAAGGAACUAAUACAGAAUGCAGACGACGCAGGUGCCACUGAAGUUAAAUUCCUCAUUGAUUGGAGAGAAAAUCCUACCGAACGACUCCUUUCUUCAGGGAUGAGUGAUGCGCAAGGACCUGCUUUGUGGGCGUAUAACGAUGCCAUWUUCACUGACAAAGAUUUUGAAAACAUCAACAAGCUUGCCGGAGCCACAAAGAUGGAUUCAUUAAACAAGAUCGGCCGCUUUGGYUUGGGUUUUUGUACGGCGUACAACCUAACCGACAUCCCAAGUUUUAUAAGCCGUGAAUUUCUGGUUAUUUUUGAUCCUCAGACCACACAUCUUGGCCAUCUUAUCAAAGACAGGACAAGACCUGGYAUUCGACUGGAUCUCAAGAGAAACUUCAAGGCACUUAGUACYUUUCAAGACCAAUUUUUACCUUAUCACAAGAUCUUUGGAUGCGAAACCGAGAACCUUGCGGAAGAUUUCUACUAUGACGGCACAUUGUUUAGAUUYCCACUGCGAACCAAAGAACAGGCAGACACGAGCGAAAUAUCUGAUAUGCAUUAUGAUAAAGAUGCUUUUCAAAGUCUAGUGAAUGUUUUCCGAGAAAACGCAUCCAAUCUUUUACUUUUCGUCAACAACGUUACGACCAUCAMAUUCUACGAGAUGCAACCAACUACUAAAGAUCAAAAGAUGAAGGAGCUGUUUUGCUUGCAGAAGAAAAUUGUAGAAACUAUCCCUAGAGUMUUUCAUGUGCGUUCGAAAAGUGAUUCGCAAACGGCUGGCUACAAAUCCCCUAAAUUGAAGAAGCUGAAACAGAUGCAAGAAUCUCGGAUUGUGUCACUGGAAUCUAAAUGUUAUCCUUGUACGUGGUUUGCUAAUGAAGUCACGCAAGCAACUACACAAGUGUGGCUAGUGUCAUAUUCAGGGGGUCGAAGUCUGUCYAUUGAUCUAUCUGCGACAGAGGAGGGGAAGUUGAAAGGCUUGGUUUCACAAGCGGGAGUAGCAGCCAUGCUUUCRCCGACUUCAAUUCAAGACGUUUGGAGUCCUCAGGCAGUGCGAGGAGAAGCUUUCUUUUCAUUGCCGUUGUCAUUGGAAACAGGAUUGCCUGUCCAUGUAAAUGGAUGCUUUGCGGUGACAACAAAUCGCAGAGGAUUAUGGGAAGACACCGUAACAGAUUAUGGCUCUCUAAAGCCUUUUGAGAUUCUCUGGAAUCAAACUCUUCUCGAAGAUGCUGCAUCUGUCGCAUAUAUUCAUCUUCUAGAAGAUAUGGUUAUACUUAACAAGGAGGGCAAAGUUGAAAGCUUCCCAUUUGAAGUUCUAUGGCCCGAUCCAACUCUAGCAGCAACAAAAAUGUGGCGACGAUUUGUGAACAGCGUGUACCAGCAAAUAAGUGAAAGUUCAUCCCCGUUGCUUCGAAGUUCAUCAAAGUGGAUCAGUAUAGAAGAAGGAGUGCACAUUGAUGAAAAGGUCCGUAGACUUCCUGAGUGCGACCAYAUCAUGGAAGAGUGCGGUUAUCAAGUAAUCGAUUAUCCUGAAUUUGUGUGUAAUGCCUUCGUUAAGGCAGGAUUAGCUCAAACGUUGGACAAGCACACCAUAACACUGGAAAUCUUUYUAAAGGAAAUCUUUUUUGUCAACAUCGACAAACUCUCAGUCAGYUCAAGGGAGGCAGUUAUCUCAAGUGUACUUGAUGAGUAUCUUAGAGGUUCGACACACUUUGCCAAGUUUCUGUUAGAUAACCCAUGUAUUCCAUCUUCUCCAGAUGGCCUUGUGUUAGUUUCUCCAAAAGCACUGAUAGAUCCACAUGGAGCUGCCGCUGAACUGUAUUCUGACAGUGAGCAUCGCUUCCCAUUUGGUAACACAAUUCUAGCAGAAGAAAGACUKGUUGUUUUGCGAAAGCUUGGGAUGGUAGAGGACAUUUUAUCAUGGCAAGCUAUUUGCGAGCGUGCAAGCAGCAUUGCCAAAAUGAAAAAUAACAAAGAGCAGGCUUUGGAAAGAGUUCAGUCGUUGAUAAAGUACCUCAAUAAUCAAAUCACCAAACUAGAUGCGCCAGCACAAGCAGAGGUCGASCUUUUACGGAGCAUUGGCUUUCUUCCUGUAAUGGACCAACCWCGCGAAUAUUGCAUUCCAUGGAAGGGAAGUUACAAGCCAAGCAAACGAGGAAUUGCACUGUUAGCUCCUGUWAACUURUAUGGCAGCGAGUUAAAGUACCUACUUGGUACGAGCAAGCCCAUUCUUGAUGAAUCUUUAGAAUCAGGAUGUGGAAASAUUGAGCCCGAAUGUCUUAAACUUCUUGGAAUAGUUGAAAAGAAGAUUGAGACUAAGGAUGUUCUAUUCCAGUUAUCAUCGGCGGUCCAAAAGACAAGGAUCCAAAGGRCAGAUAUCAACUGGCUUUGUAUACGAGAAACCUGCUUUGCUGUCUACCACUUCCUACAAGAGAGAAUCCAAACAUCUGAAAGAAAGGCCAUUUUAGAAAUUUUACAAGAAAAGCCUUGGAUCUUAGUAAACUCAAAGUUCGUCAACACAAAUCAAGUUGCCUUAGAAUGGAGUGGGCAUGGUGACCCAUUUCUGUUUCGCCUCCCAGAAGAGCUUGCCUUGAAUUUUCCUGACCUUUUCGAGGCUUGCGGAGUUCGUAGGAUGUUUGGUGCUGAUGAUUACAUCGAAGCUUUGUUUUCAUUUCAAGAAAGGAAACAGGGUCAACCUCUCGAUCAAUCUGAGUUUAAGACCACCAAAGCAUUUCUCGAUGAGUUAUCGGAAAUGCAUCCUGAUUCUCUGGAGUCAUUCUACAAACAUUUACCAAUCCCGGAUUCCGAGCAAGUUCUACGACCUGUGGGUCAGCUUGUGAUAAAUGACGCUCCUUGGCUCAGUCAGGACAAAACUUCACAAAGUGUCCAUCCCGACAUAUCAUCGAAGCUCGCUCACUCUCUUGGGGCUCACAARCUCCGUGACGUCACCCUGAACAAGUAUUCACGUUGUAUGGGUAAACCUUUCGGUCAAGUGGAGCAUUUAACAAUGAGAUUGAAAAAUAUCCUUACUUCAUACCCCUGUGACUCCGGAAUUCUUAAGGAAAUUCUGCAAAACGCAGAUGACGCMCAAGCAUCRGAAAUACAUUUUGUGUAUGAUCCUCGRCAACAUGGGACCAAGCACGUAUUAAAUGAGCGUUGGAAACAACUUCAAGGUCCUGCAUUAUGCGUGUACAAUGACCGACCUUUUUCCGACAAAGAYAUCGAAGGCAUACAAAGACUGGGACUUGGUAAUAAAGCAGAACAUUCGGACAAAAUUGGACAGUACGGCAUUGGCUUCAAUGCUGUUUACCAUUUAACAGAAUGUCCCAGUUUUAUCACAGAUGGAAACACCUUGUGUAUCUUAGAUCCCCAUGCCAAAUUUGCACCCGAUGCUACAGCAGACUCGCCAGGAAGGCUGUUGGAGCCGUUGGAUUUCGAGUUUAGGAACGAUUUUUGCGACGUGAURGAUGGAUACCUCCAGGAUUGUUUCGUWCUYGARGGUGCCACUAUGUUUCGAUUUCCAYUGAGAACAAAAGSCAUGGCAGAAACCUCGGAAAUAUCAAAACGAAGCUUUGAUGACUUGGAGAUCAGUCGCCUGUUGAGCGCAUUUGAAAAUGAAGCAAAAGAGGCUCUCCUUUUUCUUAGCAGUGUCAGGAAGAUCACCAUUUCUCAAGUGAUUGGGAACCGCUUAGUGACAAAAUUUCAGGUGAYAGCAUCGGUCACAGACGAAGGAAAAAAUCGUCUCCAAGAAGUUCGCACUCAAGUAAGUCUUUGCAAGGAAAUGCCUACAAAGGACAUCCCGUGGUAUGGUUCAACGUACCUGUUGAAAAUUUCAGAUUCCAACAAAAGCUGUGAAGAAUGGCUUGUUCAUCAAUGCCUUGGAGCUGAGCAGUUCAUAGAUGAAGACGAUAUUCCAGAUGGAAAGGAACUGGGACUUUUACCGUGUGCUGGAAUUGCAGCCUGUGUGAGCAUAACGGAUUCAACAAGUGGAAGUACACAACAUAGCUCAAAGAGAAGACCUCRCUACGUAUUCUGUUCUCUUCCUCUUCAAAGCGAAACUGGUCUUCCUGUSCAUAUUAAUGGGCAAUUUGCGCUUGAUAACUCUAGACGCAAUCUUUGGAUUGAUCAAGAUGGAGCUGAUUCCAGAAGUGAAUGGAACGAAUUUGUCAAAACUCAAAUAGUUGCACCGGCUUAUGUGAAGUUGCUUUUAGGYAUCCGGGUACAUAUMCACGGAAUACAUGAAGGAAAUCCUUGGUUUUUCACUAGCAAAAGGGAUGCCCAUUUUGGUUUAAAGUGGUUUCAAAGUCUCUUUCCCGAUCCCGAUGUUGUUCACACUGAUUGGAAGCCAUUUGUUCUUGCUGUCUACACUAGCCUUGCAUCGACACAYGCUCCUGUUUUGCCCGUCCUUAAAGGACARGAUGAAYUGACGGGUGCUUCAGAUCCUCCUAGACAGCUGCAAGGCCAUUCGUCCAGUUACUAUGAUUGUACCAUUCCCAUUCCUUGUGCCUGGUUACCACCUCAUUCCGUUGACGAAGAUGAAGUGGUGUACUUCAGUGACCUKCCGGAGAAUCUGGAAAAACUCUUACUCAACACUGGCUUUCCAGUAGUGUUCUCGUCAUCUCACACCCACAAGCAAUUCAAGGAUGCAGGUGCUCCUGUUAAGAAAGUAACUCCAGAAGACGUURUAAAAUUUCUACGAAGUCCACGUUGUAGCAUCGGUCCAAUUCCAUGUUCAAUCAAAGAUUCAAAACUGAAAGAUGGCGCGAACCUGGCCACUUUAAUGCAAUAUUGCAUUCAGAGUAAAGGCGUAAUUACAAGACUGCAUGGUCUCCCCCUCCUUUUAACGGAAGAUGGAACUUUACGACGUUUUGACAUUGAGCAUCCCGUUUUCUUUACAUCAUUUCUGGAUCUUGUACCCAAACAAAAGGAGUUGUUUUUGAACAGAGAGUUUGUUUCUCUCUUCUCWGAACACUUCCAAGAUCCUAUCAAGAAAUCUGGAAUUUUCAAACGGUUUGAUACCAGCAGUCUUGAGCCAUAUAUGGUUCAUUUGUUGCCGUCGCAUUGGAAUGCUCUCGAUAGACCUGUACCUUGGGAUCCAACUUCAGAGACUAAGCCCUCUCGCGAAUGGCUCACACUCUUGUGGAAACURAUCUACGAGGUCGUAACAGAAAGCCAGAAACGACUCAUCAAAAAGGAUGAGGCGGCUAAGAUUCUCCGGCCCCUCGAGGACUGGCCUAUYAUCCCCACAAGUUCACAAGCCUUAGUGUCAAUUGCAUUUGGCAAAACCGUUCUUGCUGUAACAUCUYAUGAAGACGGCAAUGAAGCGCUAGUCAGUAGUCUGAAAAAGCUAGGAUGCGGAGAACUUGAUUUCUCAGUUCUCCCAGAUUUAGAUGCCCCCGAGCUUCCACAGAUUUUAGGCCCGUACUUGGCGCGACCAAGCUCAAAACUUGACUUGUUGGCUGUUUUAGAACAUCUUAUGAGAGAAAGGAAUAUAUCAGAAAAUCUCAAUGACAGCGAAAUCCUAGUACUCCUCAGCUUUCUUCAAGAAGACGUGACAACGGUUUAUAGUCAUAAAACCACCAUAAGACAUCUUCCAUUCUUCAAAACACUCAAUGGAAAGAAUGUCAGCUUGUCUAGCUAUGUUUCUGCCUACGUCCUUGAGCUACCAAAAUGCGUCCCUCUAAAGGACAUCGAAUCUCGUGUAGAAAUGGAAGGCUGUGUUCUCUUAGAAGAGAUUCCCGAACUCGAGGCGUUGUACAAGGCCAUAGACGUCUACCGCGUGUCCAAAAGUGAAGUCUUUGUGAAGUACAUCCUUCCAAAUCUUGAUGUUAUGACAGCAGAAGGUCGCCAUUCAGUGUUAGCAUACAUCCGAGACAAUCUUCUGGUGUCGACGAUAAGUCCUAAUGAGAGGAGUGUCAUCAUUGAUACACUCAUUGGUGUCAAUAUUCUACCUGACCAAGCGGGAGAAUUGACACCUGCAAGCAAGUACUAUGAUCCUGCAAAUCCAGUGUUUAAAACCAUACUCCCAACAGAGAGCUUUCCACCAGGAGAAUUUGCUAGUGAAGAAUGGCUCUCUCUUCUUAGAGAAAUUGGCCUCAAGCAGACUGUGACUCAACAAGAUUUUAUAGAGUUUGCAGAGGCUACUGCCAGCAGCGCUGAAUUGAACCCUUCUGACCCUAAGAUAAGAGAAAGAUCAAAAGCUUUGGUAACGUACUUGCUUGAUGAGGAAAGCCUUCAUGAUAUAAGCUUCUUGCAUGUUAUCGCUCAAAUUAGGUUUGUUGCUGCUGAAGCUGCUUCAGCAAACCUCCAAAAUCUGUACGAACAAUUUGAAAGUAACAGCCAAGACGAUACCAUUCUUUAUACUGCUUUCCAAGGAUCAGUUUCUCAUGAAUGUCAGAAGUUUUUGUGGAGCAGUGCCUCUUUGUUGCCGACGUGGGCACUACCAAAGAGUGGAGAAAACCAGCGGUUAUUGGUGGAUAAUCUUGGCAUUGAAGUUGCUCCACCAUUUGACAAAGUUAUCAAGCAUUUAGAAAAUUUAUCAAAGAAAUACGCUGGAAAUGUGAACAAAGAUACACCGAAAGAUCAAAGAGAGCUUCUUCACGAUGUGAUUUACAGCAUUUUAGGUUUCUUUAGAACAGAAACGGGUUGCCCACAAGGUAGUCCCUCAGAUGGAUGCUCUAAGUCCUGUCAAUCAAUUGGUAGAAUCCUCCGAAAGAUCAGUUGUAUUCCAGUUGAAGAAGGACGAGUCUUCGUUCAGGGCGAACAAAUGGCCUUCGAGACAAAUGUUGAGCUGCCACCCUUCCUUUACAAAGUCCCACGAGAAUAUGGUCAYUUUGAACACGUUCUCAAACGUCUUGGGGCCGAAGAAAAGACGACACCUCUUCAAUUUGCUGCUGUUCUUAAACGAUUGAAAGAGGUGUGYGAAGACAAGCGUAUGGAACCGAAUGAGAAGCGUGUAGCAAGAAUGGCAUCUCAAGGAUUUUUCUCAUCAGUUUCCGUGUUACUCAAAGAGGAAAAAGAAUCAUCAGUGACRUUUUUGCUUUCGAAGAUCGAAGAGCUCUACUUGCCAAAUAAGGAAGGCUUUUUAAAAGCUUCACAUGAGCUGAUAGUGUACGACAACCCAAGUUUUGAGCGUCGGGCAAGUGAAUAUGCUCAUAGCUUUGUUGAUAUUGCUAGAGAAGGGGAGCUGACAGCUGACAGGCUUGCUCAUCUUUUUGAUAUCUUACCACCACGUCUAAGAGCACGAACCAUCCAAAGUAUAAUCCAUGAAGAGUUUCAUCCUUGUUCCAGAGACAAACUUUGUAUCGCCGACAGACAGGAUAAUCAGUGUUCGUUUAUAGCGCGUUACAGAAACAUCCUUUUGUCCCCUAAGUUCAUCAAUGGUAUCAUCAGGGUGAUCAAGCAUCAAAGGCAAACAGCUAACGUACCACAAGAAGUACGUGAUCAAGUCCACGUUCUUUCUGCGUUAAAUGUAUCGUGCAUGGGAACCGUCGAAACUCAUCUGGUGAACCUGGAAACCAAAUUUCCCAUAAAAAACAGCCAGGAAUCACAAGACUGCUUUUUAGAAGAGCGUGACAAAAGGUGGGAGUUGUUUAUCAAGCACGGGACAGACGAAAAUCCUCUUAACAUUCAGUUGUGCUUCUUGAUUAAUCGACUAAUUGGUAACCAUAUUGAGAAGGAGAUCUAUCUUCAAGCUAUGAUUGCUUGCAGAGUACCGGAUGACAUUUUACCAGCACUAGAUCGUUGUGGCGUGGCUCAGGAUUUGCUAUCGAGUGAACUUAGUGCUAAAGAUCCUUCAUUAGGGUCUGAAAUACCUGCCAUGUACCACUAUUUGCUGAGGCAGGAUCUAGACUACUUCUUCCGCCAGGAUGAGAUUAUUGGCUAUGAGAAAGAAAGGUUACAAGAUGACGGUCAAAUAGAUGAUGGAGAACCAUUGUAUGUCUAUGCCAAAAUCAUAACCAAAGUUAGCGCGAGUUCCGACUUGGAAGACCGCUCAAAGAUCGAUCUACAAGCUCGCUAUAGAAUUGAUGUUGGAGAGCCUAAACUAGUUGAAGUAAGCGUUCUCGAUUUGUACAAAUUUGAUCGUACUUCAGCUGACUUUACAGCCUUGUCAGAUCUUACAGACAUGAUGCCWUUUACUGGAGAUCCUGAUUCUCCUGAUUACAAAGCUGCUACGAGGAAUGUUCGCAUGGAGAACGCAAUGAAAGAAGUGAAGGAGGUACUCUGGGAAGCUUGGAAGUUGGAUGACAAAGGAAGAAAGAAAGUCAUCAAACGAUUGUUCCUAAGAUGGCAUCCCGAUAAAAACCCAGGAUGCGACAUUGCCAAUGAAAUCAUGAAGUUCUUACUAGGAGAGAUUGAAAGRCUGGAACGGCUGUUUCCGACAAGCUGGAAGAAGAACUCUCCAGAGGAAAAGGAAACUCCUGCAGCCCAACCACAAACAUUUAGUGAUCUAUUUGAAAAGUGGAAUCAGCGAGCCCAUCAAGAAUGGGAAACAUUCAACACUUUUAAACGCCAGAAGAAAUCUCCUCACUUUGGUACUGGAAGCCCUCAGCGCAAAGAAGCAAAACGAUGGAUGAAACAAGCUAAUGAUGACCUUGCAGCAGCCAAGUGUCUCUCUCUACAAGAAUCCGAGUCUUUCAACAACUGCAUAUGCUUCCUCUGUCAACAAUCAACAGAGAAAGCAUUUAAGGCUGCUUUAUAUGCAGUGUGUGGAAUUGCAGAGAAUCAACUUGAGACUCAUGAUGUCUUGAACCUUGCUUAUGAGAUCACAGAACUUGAYGGAUCUCCAUCAGACAUUGCACAACUUGCUGCAAAACUCAAGAAUUACUACGAGAAGACUCGCUACCCCCAUUUUCAUCAUGGUGAGUCAACUCCAUCUGAUAUGUUUUCAAAAGAAAAUGCUGAGGAAGCUCUUCAAGUUGCUGAGUCAAUCAUACAGAAGAUUCAAGAAUUUAUUAAUUCAAAAAUUGGAGAAGAGUGAUCUACUAUUUUUACAGAGUUAACAGAAACUGGAAUUAACAACUUUAAGAUCCUUUGCUAUUCAAGGUAAAAGUAGUAUAUUCCAUAAUUAUUGMCUUUAGACCACUGAAGUACAAUCAACCAUGAAUAGCAAAGGAUCAUKAGGAAGACUGUAUUAGAAUUUACUUUACUAGCUUGAAGAAAUACAAAUUAAGGAAAAUGAAAAAUUGGUAUCAUAUCAUUCCACGAAAUAAAGGACUAAGAAUUGUUUAUAUAUUAGCAAAUAAGCAAUAAUUCACAAAGUAGAUUUCAAAAGUGCAAGACUUUUUAGAAUGAAAUGUUAUUGAUAUAAGUGAUUGUCACUUUGACACAGCACAAACAUAAUAUAUUCAGCUAAUGAGGCCAGUUGUACAAAGGAUGGAUGGAGUUAUCCACUCCAUUUUGUUUGAUUUUUAUCUGUUGGAUAAAGAUUUACCAGGUGKAUAGUUCUAUUAACCCUUUUUACAACUUUCCUCUGGAUGAUAAACAAAUGAUAAGCAGCUAUUUCAAUUCAGCUGAAAGGAGAAAUUUCCAACAAAACAUAAAUAUAUACAAUGCAAAAAAUAUCAAAUUAACUCAACAMUUACAACACAAUACAGUACACAGUCAACCUUCACUAUUAUAGACAUACUAGCAACUGUAAAUCAGUGUCCCCUUAAACAAGAGAGUUAUACUCCAAAAUUUCUUUUUGCUGUCAAUGGAAAAAGCAAGGUGUUUUUUAAGUUGAGAGUUGACUGCACACCUAUUUUUAAAAAGAAUUCAUAACUACACAACAUCUGUGAUAUCAAUAUUCAAUAAAGUACUUUAUUAGAAUA